AUGGCCACUACCACAACAGCAGUCGCUUCCUCCACCAAGGGGGAGGGAAUGACGGCAAAGGAGGUCCAGACUAAAGUACAGCAACUUGAUAGAGAGCGCAGUGCCAUCGUUAGCAAGAUCGCUGAGCUCGAGCAGGAGUCGAAGGAACAUGGGUUGGUGCUGGGAGCCUUCGAUAAGGUGCCGGAGGAUCGACGAUGCUAUCGACUUGUUGGAGGAGUUCUCGUAGAGCGGACAGUGAAGGACUUCCGGCCAGUCGUGGAGGAUAACAAAGCCAGGAUGGACGAGGCUUUGAAAAGUCUGAGUGAUAUGCUGUCUGAGAAGACUAAGGCCAUGGAGGAGAUUAUUGAGAAGUACGGUACGCCAGGCCUCACCGCCGCCAGCAACGUUGAGGGUAAACGAGGGGAGGAGGAGAAGGCAGAUGAGGGGGCGAAAUCUGCGGCCCCUUCGGCGGGGGUAUUAGUGUGA